AUGAAUAACGAGGAACCUCGCCGUACCAGUUUCGGCAUGUUACUUCGACGCAGCAAGAGUGGUGAUCUGGGCAAAGCCGGCCGUAAGGCUCAGGCCCUCAAAGAGGCCGAGCUUGAACGCCAGCGCCAUGCCUCUACUCGCAUCGCUCCCAAGUUGCCAGAGUUCGCCAACCAUACCGAGCAGCUUUCCAAUUCCUUUGGCCCCGAAUUGCGCCCCGAAUCCCCAGCCAACGUCCCUCGGUCGGCAGAUUACUCUUCCAUUCGACCAUCAGGUGAAUAUUCGCGAGGUUACGGCAAUGCUGCGCAUGCCGCCCCUCCUGUUCCGCCUCUGCCCAAUAAUGGGUUUGACCCAUAUGCCAGGACUGAGAGCAUGACGAACCGUGGCCGUUACAGCUAUGCCAGUAGUGCUAUCAGCACGGUCAACAGUCCUCGUCGCGUUCGCAGAAGAAAGGACCCAACGCCUAUGAACAUUCUCGUCAUUGGCACUCGAAACUCCGGCAAAACCUCGUUCCUUGAGUUCCUCAAGACAGCCUUUGCGCUUCCGCCCAAGAAACGGGCCAAGAAGGGUGACGAUGAAGUAUCCCAGAACCACAGCAUUCCGUCUGGAAGAUUUAUUCCUCACUAUCUCGAGACCGAGAUUGAUGGGGAGCGUAUCGGCCUCACUAUAUGGGAUUCCGAGGGCUUGGAGAAUAACGUUGUCGACCUGCAACUUAGGGAGAUGUCAGCCUUUCUCGAGAGCAAGUUUGAAGAGACCUUUGCCGAGGAGAUGAAGGUUGUGCGUUCACCUGGUGUACAAGAUACCCAUAUUCAUGCAACAUUCCUCGUUCUCGACCCCUCUCGCCUGGAUCGCAACAUUGCAUCAGCAAGGAACCCAGCCAUCAACGGUCAACAGAACGGCCAACUUUUUUCUCGCGUAUACGGCAGCCUGGACGAAAGUCUCGAAUUGAAUGCCCUGCGCACUCUACAGGGCAAGACAACGGUUAUUCCUGUAAUUGCUAAGGCGGAUACGAUCACCACUAAACACAUGAAUGUUCUCAAGCGAAGUGUUUGGGACAGUAUCAAGAAAGCUGGCCUGGAUCCCUUAGAGGCGCUCGGCCUUGACGAUGAGGAUGGAAGUAGUUUUUCUUCUGAGAAGAUCGUCGAGGAAGACGAGGAAGAUGAUCUUGAAAACAACCGGGACGGUGCACAAACACCAGAAAGCCCAGAUUUCCCUCUGCAAGGCCAGCGGGAAAGUCCGACGGCUUCCCCAAGCUCCAAAAGACUGUCCACCAGCUCUAUGCGGCGACACCGAGUACAGGAGGAGGCUAAAGAGAAGGAAGACGAGAUCCCCUUCUUGCCGCUUUCUAUCAUCAGCCCCGAUCUAUAUGAGCCUGAUGUUAUUGGUCGACAGUUCCCAUGGGGCUUUGCUGAUCCUUACAACGACGAACAUUGCGAUUUCCAACGACUCAAAGAGGCCGUCUUUAGCGAAUGGCGUGCUGAGCUUCGUGAAGCCAGUCGGGAGCAGUGGUAUGAGGGAUGGAGAACAAAUCGCCUCAAGCAGAAGGACGGUCCUCACCGCCAUAGAUAAACGCUGGCGAAUAGUAGCGUUGUUUGCACUCUCAGGGGGACUCACGACUCCUUUCUUUAUUUCCUACAAGCCGGAUUUGCAGCCAAAACAUGUCUUUGCUUGAUGCGACAUGUAAACAACACGUCCACCUCCGAACAUCUUUCAUUACUUUGACAUUACGCCUGUCAUGCAAAUUGCCGGAAACCUACAGCAUACCCCUUGAUACCUUAUAUUCUUUUCUGAACUUGCGGGGAGUAGCAUUGCCCUGUGUAUAUAGGCAUUGCGCUCACUGCCCUUAUGGCUGAUACCCCUUUUUUUUGUGAGACUGAAACCUCUCAACUACAUGGCUUUUGACUAUUGGACCAGUGGACGAGCGAGCUCGAAAGUUCCAUCAAUUGCUUACGACGUUUUCCUUGACUUUUUCUUUUUUCCUUAUGGCACGAAGGAGGGAUUCUUGAGCGAUGGCAUUUUCGUCAGCGAUUUCAAACGAGGAUUUCUCUUCGAAUCCUCAUUCCGCGGUUACUCUGCCAAAUCUCUUACGCUCAUUCUUGAACUCACAAUUUAGAAAGGCUCGUUGCUUUCAUUCCUAGGCAGAGGAGGAAACCUAGGAGUAAACAGCUCUAUCUGUUGUGACCUGGAACACAAUGAGCCUUCAGGACGACAGAGUUAGGCAAGAAUUGUGGGAAUGUACAAAGAGUAUGUUUACGGCGACUGUACAACCACGUUGUUUUUCUUUAGUCAUUUUUACUAGAAAUACAUUGCAACAUUUUGCCCUAACUGUGGAAGUGCUACUUGAGUCAACCAGUACCUCACUACUUGACGUUCGUUCACACCUGAGGUUAGAACCAAACAUGCGUUCUCGUUAUGUGA